CCAAACCAAACCCCGAGGAAAACACGCCCACCCCUCCUUUCUUUCGUCAGAGAGAAAGACUGAAAGAGGCGACUCGGCCGAGAGAGAGAGAGGACAGAGACGGAGCCUCGCAAAGACUGCGGCUUUAAUUCGAACGCGCUCGCCUCCGUCCUCCUCCUCCCCCUCCCCAUCUCGAGCCCUCCGCCACAGUACCAGCAUCACGCCAAACCCCCAUCCCCUAUCUAUCCGAGGGGAGGUCAAACCAGCCAGCCCCCCCUUCUUCUCCGGCCGGCCGCUCCGAUCGCCGCCUCCCUCCAUCCACGCCUCCCGAGUUACAUGGAUUGACACUGAAGAAAACAGUUGACUAGAAAGCUGGGCCAAACGUACAGUGAAGGGAACCUUCAAUCUUUUGCUGAAAAAGGAUUCUGCAUCUAUAGGUUUGGUCAUGGCGUCAGCUGCCUAUCUUGACGACAUUGAUGCUGAAGUUAUCGACCCUCCAAAGAUUGAGAUGUUAGAUGUCACAGAACUCGUCGGUGAUCUUAUCGAGCACUCACCGAAACCAAAUGUCAUAGUUUCUAGCAAUGUGCGUGAGCUAUUGGAAUGCCCUGUGUGUUUGGUCGCCAUGUAUCCUCCAAUUCAUCAGUGCUCCAAUGGUCAUACCAUUUGUUCUGGAUGCAAGCCAAGGGUUCAUAAUCGCUGUCCAACUUGCAGGAGUGAAUUGGGUAACAUAAGAUGCCUUGCUCUAGAGAAGGUUGCUGCCUCUCUAGAGGUUCCAUGCAAGUUCCAGAACUUUGGAUGCGUGGGAAUAUAUCCUUAUUAUUGCAAGCUGAAGCAUGAAUCACAGUGCCAAUACAGACCCUACACUUGCCCAUAUGCGGGAUCUGAAUGCACUGUCACUGGUGACAUUCCGUAUCUAGUGAAUCACUUGAAGGAUGAUCAUAAGGUUGACAUGCACAGUGGAAGCACCUUUAAUCAUCGCUAUGUCAAAUCAAAUCCUCAUGAAGUUGAGAAUGCUACAUGGAUGCUUACGGUUUUCAGCUGCUUUGGGCAGUACUUCUGCCUGCACUUCGAGGCGUUCCAGCUGGGCAUGGCGCCGGUCUACAUCGCCUUCCUGAGGUUCAUGGGAGACGACGCCGAGGCCAAGAACUACACCUACAGCCUGGAGGUCGGAGGCAUCAACCGUAAGAUGACCUGGCAGGGCAUUCCUCGGAGCAUCAGGGAUAGCCACAGGAAAGUGCGGGACAGCUACGACGGGCUCAUCAUCCAGCGCAACAUGGCCCUGUGCUUCUCCGGCGGCGACAGGAAGGAGCUCAAGCUGCGGGUCACCGGGAGGAUUUGGAAGGAGCAGUGAGUUAGUGAACUGUAGCUGCAUGCUAGUGGAGGUGUGUCCGUUCGUUUCGUUCUGGCGAUCCGAGACGAACCGAAGUAUUGCGCAAGUGAACCCUUGUGAGGGCUUGAUUAGGGCUAGGGGUAAUGGUGUGUAGGCCGUGUUAGAUUUGUGGUAGUUGGAGAUGUUUCCAUGGAUGGUUGUCAUGCGGAUUGAGGUGGUACUGAUGUGGCAGAGCUGAAGGCAAAUCUCCUGAUUUGCUUUGAACAAGAGCUGGAUGGCUGGCCACUGUGCCGCCCUUUUGGUGAGACCUUGUUGGUGACUCUUGGACUGUAAAUGAUGUAGCCCCUCUCUAGUAUGAGACUCGUAUCUAUCUAUGUCAGACCUAGAAAUGUUCUGAACUUCUGACGCUGGUAUAUGAAUGAGACUCGUAUCCAUCUACGUCAGACCCAAAAAUGUUCUGAAUUUGAGAUGGCCGUUUC